AACAGUGGGAGUACAAAGAUAUUUAGCUCUUCAGCUUCACAGACUGUUUGGACACAACUGCUCAUCAUCUUCACAUUACUUCUGCUUUUAAAUUUGUAGCUUUGGGUUCUUCAACAGCUGAUCAGUUGAGCUAAUAUAUGAGCCCUAAAAAGUCUUUAUUACCUGGAAGAACCCGGCCUCAGAAAACACAAUUAAGACCAAGCAAUGAAGACAGAGGAGGGAGGAAUCCUUGGACAUCUUCACCACAAAUGAAGGAGACCAUUUAGUGUGAGACCAGAGAGGCGAUGCUUUCGGCUUUCUUUUCCAAAAACUGUGAUUGAAACAGAAGAGAACAAACUAAAUACAGGCUGUGCUGACACUCUUGUUCAUAUCCUGCACACAGACGUUUUCCUAAAGUUAAUCGGGGUCAGAGUGUGAAUGAGCUUCCUUUGACCCUCUUCUGCGCUGAGAAAUAAACACUUUCAUAUAAUUAAAGAGAGUGUCAUGAAAGGCUUAAGUCUCAGCCGGGGGUUGCUGGUCCUUCUGCUCCUUUGGACUUUGUCAGCUGUCAUUGAUGCAGGCAGCGCAGAACGAGGAGUAUCUGGAAGAAGGAGAGGAGGAAGUGGUGGCGGCGCCGGCGAGAAAAGGAGGAAGUUGCACCGCAUCCAGCACGGCCAGUGCAGCUACACCUUCAUCCUGCCAGAGCUGGACGGAUGCCCCGGUGGAGGGUCGCCAUCACAGACGCAACACUAUGGUGGCUUUCAGGGCGGGCCGGGUGUCGUGCAGAGAGACUCGCCGCCUGCUGACAGCGAAUGGUCGGCUCAGAAACUGCAACACCUGGAGAGCACGAUGGAGAACAACACACAGUGGCUGCAGAAGUUGGAGAACUUCAUUCAGAAGAACAACAGGCGUGACGUUGCCAACAUGCAGUCGCAUGUCGUUCACAACCAAACGGCCACGAUGCUGGAAAUCGGCACGAACCUGCUCACGCACACAGCAGAGCAGACACGCAAGCUCCAUGUGGUCGAAGCAAAGGUCCUAAACCACACAUCUCAGAUAGAGAUAAAGCUUCUGGAGAAUUCUCUGUCCACCAACAAGCUGGAAAAGGAACUGUUACUGCAAACUUCAGAGAUCAGCCGGCUGCAAGAUAAGAACAGUCAUUUGGAGAGCAAAGUUCAGAUGUUGGAGUCUAAGCAGCGAGGAGAACUGGAGGACAUGAGACAGGAGAAGAAUAGACUUCAAUCCGUCAUCAGGAGUCAGAUGGCGGCCAUCGAGUCUUUAGAGAGGCAGCUGAGAGUCGCCAGCACCAACAACACCGCCCUGCAGAGACAACAGACGCAGCUGAUGGAGUCUGUCCACACGCUCCUUAACAUGGUGGCUAGUACUACAGCAGCGCCUCCCAGGAGCCAGAUGUGGAGGGACUGUGCAGAUGCUUACAAGGCCGGUCACUAUGUGAGCGGUCUGUAUCACAUCUACAUCGGCAACAGGACUGAACCUGUGCAGGUUUACUGUGACAUGGAGACGAGUGGUGGAGGCUGGACAGUCUUCCAGAGACGGUUUAAUGGCAGCCUGGACUUCCAGAGGAGCUGGAGGGAGUACAAAAUGGGUUUUGGGGACGUGUUGGGCGAGCACUGGAUGGGUAAUGAAGUUUUGCACCUGCUGACCAAUCAAGGUGUCUACUCUAUGAGGGUGGAGAUGAUGGACUGGGAGGGAAACUCCGCCCACUCCCACUAUGACCGAUUUACACUGACCAGUGAGCGACAGCAGUACAGGUUGUAUCUGAGAGGUUACAGUGGCACAGCAGGAAAGCAGAGCAGCCUGACCACCCACGGGUCCGGCUUCAGCACCCGAGACAAAGACAACGACAACUGUGAACACUGCAAAUGUGCCAUGAUGCUCACUGGAGGUUGGUGGUUUGAUGCCUGCGGUUUCUCCAACCUAAAUGGUGUGUACUACUCCAUCGGCCAUAACAUCAGGAAGCUUAACGGCAUCAAGUGGCACCACUUCAAAGGUCCCAGCUACUCCCUGCGUGCCACCUCCAUGAUGGUACGACCCUACGACUUUUAAAGGCACCCCUCACCCUCCACAAUGGUUUGAUCCAACGGAGCUUAAAUACCACAGCAGUAUCGACCUUCAACUCCUCCGAAAUACCAUCCUAAUGAUAGCAAAGCUUCAAAACAAUGGCUUCCACCUUCACCACCAUCAUGGUACAACCCUAAAACACCUCUUGGAUAUGAUAUGGUACAGCCCUGAACUGAGGAAAUAGUGACUUUAAAACAAUAAUGGUUAAAGUCAUGUGACUCAUGAGGACCUUGUUUGUUACAUGUCUCCUGGACUUGUUUUCAUAACCAAGGAUCAUAUUGAGGAAAAUAAGGGAUGGAUCAUGUAAGAAAAUAUCUAGUCUGCUUGAAAUGUGAUUGUCAUUUAAAUAUGAUGAUAACGGCACACAUUUUCAGCCAGUCUGUGCUGGAAGCUAUUAAAAUGGUUGUGCUGGUUUGUACACAUGAGAAGUGCCAAAAGUGUUCACCCACACAGCCAGCCAGUCGCUGUGAGACGUGGGUUGGAUUGUUGCUUUUGGGUUGGAAAAGGUACACUCUGUGGUACUCAGUCACUCCACCCCGACUGGUACAGAAAGGGUGACUGAGGGGUUUCCAGAGCUGGAGCAUACUGGCAGCUUCACGGUACUUUCCUAUAUGACAUUUGAGAACAUGUUUAAUGGUAAAAGGCAUGAAUGUGGACCCUCGUAGCUACUGUAGCCUGGGCUGCCCCCAUUAAACUGUCACUGUCUAAUAAAGACUGUAAAUAGGAAUAAAUAAUAUUAUCCACAAAUCUGAAUUGAAAUACCUCUGUGGCUAGCAUGAAGGUAUUCACCUACUUUUUUAGGAGGGAAUACGAGAUUCUCUUUGAUGUUAUCAGUGUGUUUAUAGUGCCACUAUCUAUGACCGGCACCGAAACACAGACAAGAUUUAGAUAGCUGAUGUCCGUGUCUACGGGAGGUGCUACGGCCUCUGUCUGCCAUAUCACCUUCCCAUGGACCCAAUUUCUGCUUCUCAGAUCUGUUGAAGUGAGGAGAGUCCUAAGGGAUAACUGGCUCUGCACCAGCACAACAAUGGAAAAGAGGUUUGAGUGAUUGGCUGGUUUUUGGUCUUUGGUGAGCAAUUGCAUUAUAUGUGCCAUAAAUGUGAUUGCAUGUGGAAGCACUGCAACAUGUUAAUCAACAAACCAGAUAUUUCACAGACAGUGAUUGUUUGUUAACAGAUAUCAAAAGACUGUGGAGAGACUGCAGAUUUCAGGAUCUGAAAAUGUACUUUCCAGAUGGUACACAGGGCAGCAAAUUAUACAAACUCAUCAUUUUUGUAGUGUGAUUGUGAAACCUCAGCGCUAGCGUUUUGGUCCCUGCUAUACUGGGCUCUUGGAGCCAGAAGUGGCCAUAUUUGGAUAAAAGGGUGGCGUUCUGAGUUACCAAUUCCUGGAAAUCUUGGUGAGGAGCUUCAUCUCUCAAACAGAUCCCUGCUAAUUGCUAACACACUAUUCAAAUACUAGAAUUUCACUCAUCAAAACUGGAGCGCAAACUUUUUGGACAGCCUGCACCACACAGCACGCCAUGUUAUUAGUCAGAUAAUUGUCAGAUCAAAACUGCUCCAACAGGGAGCAGGAUGGCAAACAUGAUGCAGCGACUCUAAGCAGCAGCUCUAUGACAGCUCGCAGCCACAGCAGCCUGCAAGCCUCCAAAUACUGAAACAGGUGAGUUAGCAAAAAAUAUUUACAACCUUGUUUUUGUUUUAAGGGCUAAAUGACCUCUAUGAGUUUGCCCUGUGAUUUCUGUUGCUGCGAGUCUUUCUACAGAAAACGUCUAUGUUUAAGAAAACGUUAAUAUAAGGCACGAGAAAACAAGCAGUGAGGAUAUUGGAGUUUAUUACACGGACAGCUUAAUACUGAGAGAUAUGUGACUGAGCAAAGAGUGGAGUUGGCUUUCACAACCCACUUUUACUUGGACUGUUUUUAAAGGAAGCCAGCGUUUCCACAUGUUUAUCAACAAUUUUAUAAACGUGGACGGUAAAACUGGUGUGACUGCCAGAACAUGAAUCAGAUCAAACUGAUGAAAAGCGAGAGUCACAUUGAGGAUUGAUCUGAUUAGCUGGAACAACAUCAGGAGCCACAGCGGAUGAUGUCCAGCAGGAGAAGGUGAUUUUCUUCCCGCUCGCCUCCUCCUUUGGGUGGUUUUGAUGCGCGGUGGUGGACGGUCCAUCCUGGGAAUGUCCUUGUGUGAGACUGGAUUAAUUGUGGGACGUCUUAGAUGCCGAAUCAGCACAUCUCAGACUCUACUUACCGUGCACAGCGUUGAUUGAAGCUUGUGCAUCAUAAAUAGAGAAUGAUGCAUGAGACACGCAGCUGGAGAGACCCUGAACGCUCUGGUUUUCAUUAUUGGUCAAGAAAUAAUGGCAAGCAGACUGAGUUUUUUCAUGAAUAAGUAAUCGCAUGUUUGCAUAUGUCAACACUUAAAGAACUCUACAGGAAGAAAAGAGGCAAACAAAACACAGAUCAACCUUUUUCUGCUGUUUUUGUUUUGGACGAUGAGCAAAGAAAAGAAUUCAGUGAAAGUGAACUACACGCCAGUGAUUUACCAGAUUCUGAAGCAAAGUAUUGUUGCUAUAGUUAUCUUCCUAAUACGAACAAUAUUGUUUUUUUGUCUCUUGUUGGUCUCUGCUCUUCAUUACUGCACAAAAAAAACAAAUUCCCAUCGCUCUCAUACAAACAAUAAAUGAUUUACAAGAUA